AUGAGAAGCAAUGGUUUUAGAAGAGGAACAAGGAAGCUCUUGAGGAAGGAUUUUGGAAAGAGGGGCAUGCCAGGUCUUUCCAAGAUUCUUCAGAAGUUUAAAGUUGGUGAUUUUGUUGAUUGCAAGAUCGACUCUAGUGUUCUGAAGGGGAAUGCCACACAAGUACUAUCAUGGAAAGACUGGCAUUAUCUAUAA